UGAACGCGACUUGCCUGCGCGCUCCCUCGCCAAGGCGACUACGGCAGCACGCAGGAAGGGGGGAAAAAAACACACCAGCGAGUCGAAGCCGAGAGAAGGAGGCAAAGACAAGGCGGUCCACACAGCUUACCUCCACAUCACAAGAUCACGUUAUUUUUUUGAAGGAGCAGGAAACCUCACGCCCUGCCGGGUCGUGUUAACGUCGGAGACGGCCGAGGAGAUCCACUGACCAAGAAAAACGAUGCGGUGUAGGCUUGACUGGUGACCUGGUCUGCACACUCUGCACGCUUGCUUGUCUCAUCCCUGGAGAUAGUCAAGUUGGAGGGGGGGCAGAUUCCUGCAUUCCCCUCCUCUUAGUCUGAGUCUUUGUGUGGGACAAAAAUCUAUCAGCCUGCACCUGGAGCACACGGUCCAUCCUCACUCAUCUCACCUAGCUCAGCGCAGCUCAUCUCUUUGACUGAGGAGAUCGCACAGUCUGCAGGAGAUUCACUUUUUAACCCGCUGAUCCCUCCCGGCCCCGCCCAUACUCCCCCCGCCGCCAUGGUGCUGUCGCAACGGCAACGAGACGAGCUAAAUCGAGCAAUAGCCGAUUAUCUACGUUCCAAUGGAUAUGAAGAGGCAUAUUCCACUUUCAAGAAGGAAGCGGAAUUAGAUAAUAACGAAGAACUGGAUAAGAAGUACGCCGGCCUCUUGGAGAAAAAAUGGACCUCAGUCAUCAGAUUACAAAAGAAGGUGAUGGAACUUGAGUCUAAGCUGAACGAAGCGAAGGAGGAAAUCACCCUGGGUGGGCCUGUGACCCAGAAGCGGGACCCCAAAGAGUGGAUCCCGCGUCCGCCUGAACGGUACGCACUGAGCGGCCACCGCAACCCCGUCACCCGCGUCAUCUUCCACCCGGUCUUCAGCGUCAUGGUGUCGGCCUCGGAGGACGCAACGAUAAAGGUGUGGGACUACGAGACCGGAGACUUUGAACGCACGCUGAAGGGCCACACCGAUUCGGUGCAGGACAUCUCGUUCGACCAGACCGGCAAGCUGCUGGCGUCCUGCUCCGCAGACAUGACUAUCAAACUGUGGGACUUCCAGGGCUUUGAGUGCAUCAGGACCAUGCAUGGACAUGACCACAAUGUUUCUUCUGUAGCCAUCAUGCCCAACGGAGAUCACAUCAUUUCUGCCUCGAGGGACAAAACCAUGAAGAUGUGGGAGGUGGCAACUGGCUACUGCGUGAAGACCUUCACGGGCCACAGGGAGUGGGUUCGCAUGGUGCGGCCCAACCAGGACGGCACGCUGAUCGCCAGCUGCUCCAACGACCAGACGGUCCGCGUUUGGGUCGUGGCCACCAAAGAGUGCAAGGCGGAGCUGCGGGAGCACGAACACGUGGUGGAGUGCAUCUCCUGGGCUCCAGAGAGCGCACAUCCCAUCAUCCUAGACGCCACAGGCUCUGAGACCAAGAAGAGUGGAAAGCCCGGGCCCUUUCUGCUGUCUGGCUCCAGAGACAAAACUAUAAAGAUGUGGGAUGUAAGCACUGGGAUGUGCCUUAUGACACUGGUCGGACACGAUAACUGGGUGCGCGGCAUCCUCUUCCACCCUGGAGGCAAGUUUAUCGUGAGCUGUGCGGAUGACAAGACCUUAAGGAUCUGGGACUACAAGAACAAGCGCUGCAUGAAAACCCUGGGUGCCCACGAACACUUUGUUACCUCUCUGGAUUUCCACAAGGCUGCUCCCUUCGUGGUCACUGGCAGCGUAGAUCAAACAGUAAAAGUAUGGGAGUGUCGCUGAUGUGGACCUGGGAGGACUGGACCGCCAACCUCAUUCCCCCCUGAUGCUCCUCUGAACCCCCCCACCCCCACCCCCACC